UAAAUUCUUCAUUACUCAUUCAUUUCAUUUUUGGUUAAUUUCUUAUAUUCUCUUUCUUGAUCAUUGGAUGCACUUUUGACGACUGAUCCUUGAACCAUGUCCGGUCCUCUCGAACGUUUCGCAAGGCCUUGUUUUGAAGGUAGUAAUGAAGAAAGGAAAGAUAGGAAAUCGGAUUUCGAAAUAUCUGAAGAAGAUAGGAAGACUAGAAUCGGGAAUCUUAAGAAGAAAGCGAUGAAGGCAUCGAGUAAAUUCAGACGUUCUCUUAAGAAGAAAAGUAGUAGUAGGAGGAAAAGCGAUGUUUCUGUUUCGAUUAAGGAUUUCAGAGAUAUUGAGGAGUUGCAGGCUGUUGAAGCUUUCCGUGAGGCAUUAAUCGCAGAUCAGUUGCUUCCACAGAGACAUGAUGAGUAUCAUAUGCUACUGAGAUUCUUAAAAGCAAGGAAGUUCGAUAUCGAAAAAGCAAAGCACAUGUGGGAUAAUAUGCUUCAAUGGAGGAAGGACUUUGGUACUGAUACUAUUUUGGAGGAUUUUGAUUUCCACGAGUUGGAUGAAGUGAUGAAGUACUACCCUCAAGGUUAUCAUGGGGUGGAUAAGGAAGGAAGACCUGUUUACAUUGAAUUGAUAGGAAAAGUUGUACCUGACAAACUCAUGCGAGUUACAACUUUGGAACGAUAUGUAAGAUACCAUGUGAAGGAAUUUGAAAAGUGUUUUGCAACCAAGUUUCCGGCUUGCUCCAUUGCUGCAAAGAGACACAUAGAUUCCAGUACAACUAUUUUGGAUGUUCAAGGCAUGGGUCUAAAAAACUUCAGCAAGUCUGCACAAGAUCUUGUUAGGUGUCUGCAUAAGAUUGAUGGUGAUAACUAUCCUGAGACUCUUUGCCGAAUGUUUAUCAUCAAUGCUGGUUCUGGUUUUAAGAUGGCCUGGAAAGCUGUCAAAUCUGUUCUUGAUUCCAAAACAGCUAGUAAGAUUAAUGUUCUUGGUAGCAACUGCCAGAGUAAGUUGCUUGAAAUUAUUGAUGCAAGCGAGUUACCGCAGUUUCUUGGAGGUACCUGCACCUGUGCUGAUCAGGGAGGGUGUAUGAGAUCAGACAAAGGUCCCUGGAAAGACCCCAACAUAUUGAAGAUGAUUGAGGAUGGUGAAGCACUAUACUCCAGACAGAUUGUGACAGUUUCAAAUUGCGAAGGAAGGAUGAAGAGUAGCGACACAUCUGUAGCUGAGUCGGGAUCUGAAGUGGAAGAAAUUGCUUCUCCUAUCCCAACUAGAAACUAUUUACAUCCAAUAUUGGCUCCUGUCAGUGAAGAGGCUAGAAUGGCUGGUAAAGCGACCUCUGCUGCCGGUUCAUCCAGGUAUGAUGAAAAUGUCCCCAUGAUUGACAAGGUUGUAGAUUCGGAGAGUGAGAUACAAGUGUCAUGUCAGAGUCCAUUUACUUCUGAAGGGAGUCCCAUGCAACUGAUAGAGCAUGCUCCAAAAGGAAUCUAUGGUCAUAUCUGUGCUCUAGUUAUUACUUUUUUCACCCUUUUUUCUCUUAUCCGAAUAAUGGUGUUGCAUAUGAUGAAGAAGCCUAGAGUUACUGAUUUGACAUGUAGCAUUCCUGACCAGCAUGUCGAAUCUAUGUUCAAGGACGAAACUCGUCCACCUUCACCUGCUCCUCCAAGGUUUACAGAGGCAGACCUCAUUUCUUCUGUCGUAAGAAGGCUGGGUGAUCUGGAAGAAAAGGUCGAGACGCUACAAUCGAAAAGAUUUGAGAUGCCUCAUGAGAAAGAGGAGUUGCUGAAUGCUGCUGUUUGUCGCGUGGAUGCAUUAGAAGCAGAGCUAAUCGCUACGAAAAAGACUCUUCAUGAUGCCUUAACGCGGCAGGAAGAACUCCUUGCAUACAUUGAUAGUCAAGAAGAAGCUAAGUUUCGGAAAAAGAAGUCUUGCUGGUAAGAUGAGAAAUGAAUUGGCGUUUUCCGGAUUGGCGUUCAAUACUUGCAAAAAUGCCUUUGGACUGGUUGUU